UACAUAAUACAAAAAUACAGGUAGAAAAGUAGGCUAAUAGUAGGCUAAUAUCUUUGUUAACAUAUUGAGAAAGCAGGACUGAUGCCAAAAAAAAUUAUCUGAAUAGGAAAUCUCUUACCACUUGGAUCACGUGUGAGAAUACUUAAACACAAGUUUUUCUUUCCAGGAUGUAGUUGAAAUGCAAAGUAUUUGCAAUCCAAAUGCUAUUACUCCUUUCAAACAUUUAUUGGUGUAAGUUAACCUCAGACCUGAUUAUUUUUUACUUUCCCUGAAUAAAUUAUGCUAAAUAUCUCAGUUUAUUUGACUUCAUUAUUUGCAUUUAUUUUUGGCCUGUCUGGAGCUAAUGUGAACUUAAAGGUACACUCACCUAUUUUUACAUUGCCCCCAAACACAGAAAGCUUCUCUCAGCUCCUACAUUUCCAAAUAUUAAAUGUCAAAAGGUUUGUCUUUAAAAGAAGAAAUCGUUUAUUACUUUUCCUGAGUCAAAUACAGGCAUCAGAGUUGAAAGUUGACUGUGAGUGUCUUGAAAUUUCAUCAAUUGUUAUAUUCCAAAACUGACUGGCCAGAAAGUAUAUUAAAAUGUCUAAAACAUUGGCAUCUACAGUGUAUUUGAGUAAUUGUUACUAAUGUUUAACAUUUACCCUCCACACAUAAUAUUUUGUGGUCAUUUUGUUUUUUGUAAAAAUAAAGAAAUUUAGUACACAAGGACUGGACAUAUUGAAUAUUGUUCUUCUCUUUAAAGUCACUGUAUUAUCAGGGUUGAAUGAACUGAAUGAACAAAAGGAUGAAGCUUUUAAAACUAUUCACAACAUGCAUGCAAUACUACUAUAAAGUCUAAAGAUUUGUAGAUUCUGUGAUUUCCUUCUCACAUCAUUGAAAACAUAAUUAACUAUUCACAGUUUAUGAUGUUAUAUAUAGUGUCACUGUCGUCUUUGACCAUCCAGGGUAGAGAUCACCUAUUCUGUGUUAUCGUGUUUUGUUUUUGUGGAAAGUAAAAUAGCAGCCAAGAGGUGUUUUUUGCAAAUACUCCAUUUCUGAAAAUGCUUAGGGUCCCAAAUUUAACAUGUGGACCAAGUUACACAUCUCCUGGACUAUGUUCCUGUGUCUCCUCCUUAUCUCUGCUUCCACCCCCUAAGUGGCUCUCUCCCUGUGUGUGUGUGUGUGUGUGUGUGUGUGUGUGUGUGUGUGUGUGUGUGUGUGUGUGUGUGUGUGUGUGUGUGACUGAUUGAGUGGAGACAGGUGUGCUAGAGUCAGAGCAGAGCCACACCAGUUGCACCUCAUCUCAAUAGUCAAGUACUCAUCCUUGCCACGUCCACUCUCCCACAUUGUAGCCUCUGCACCUGUCAGUUUACACUUCAAGGUAUUUUUAAUUCAUUUUCAGUAGGCUAAUCUUGUUGUUAGGGUUACACCAAAGAACAUAAAUAUAUAUGUCAGAAGCAUUGAAGUGCUGCAUAAACUUCUGUCAGUCACUGGAAUUUAACUUUGAGUUGGAAAGUUUACGAACAUGGCCUUGGUUAGAUGUUGUUAAAAGCACACAAAUCAAUUCUGCCUCAUUACAAACUCAAUCAAAAAUGAAAUACAUUUUCGGCCCUGCCCCUACUUUUGCUUAUGCACUGAUGGGUGGUGCGAAAGAUUAAACAAUACUGCAAGUCAAUAAAAGGAGCUGACAGCAAUAAAACUGACUGGGCUCAGAAAAGGGGUAAACAGGAGGAAAGUCAUGCGGACAUUUUUAGAGAUCAACUUUCUCUUGCUCAUGUAUUUCAUGUUGUUGUAUUUGCACUUUUCUUCUGCUGUGUCCUCCCCUCUUUAUUCCUCCUCCUCCUGCCAGUUACAGGGACAGUUUCAUCUAAAUGGGAUGCACAAGGCUGGAGAUGUGGUUCUCGGUGGACUGUUUCAAAUCCACUUCUUUUCUGUCUUUCCUGACCUGUCUUUUACCUCAGAGCCACAACAGCCUUCCUGCCAUGGUUUUGAUGUUCUAGGAUUCAGGCAGGUCCAGACCAUGGCCUUUGCUAUUCAUGAGAUCAGCAGAAACCCCAACCUUCUACCCAAUGUGACUCUGGGAUACAGCCUUUAUGAUAACUGUGGCAAUCUAGGGAUUGGAUUCCGUGCAGCGUUGUCGUUAGUCAGUGGUCAAGAGGAGCAAUUUAUAUUACAAGAGACCUGUGAAGGAUCCCCUCCAGUCCUAGGGGUUGUGGGUGAUUCUUCCUCUACACGUUCUAUUGCCAUCUCCACUGUCUUAGGUUUGUACAGAGUACCCAUGGUGAGUUAUUUUGCCACAUGUUCCUGCCUGAGUGACCGGCAAAAGUUUCCAUCCUUCUUUAGGACAAUCCCAAGUGAUGCUUUCCAGGUGACGAUCUAUCAGCAAAAUGAAGAUGUGCGUGCUAUGAUUCAAAUCCUAAACCGCUUUGGCUGGACUUGGGCAGGUCUGCUGAUCAGUGAUGAUGACUAUGGACUUCAUGCUGCCCGAUCCUUCCAAUCUGACCUGGCUCAGUCUGGUGGAGGCUGUCUGGCGUACCUGGAGGUUUUGCCCUGGGGCUAUGACCAAGCUGAACUAAGGAGGAUUGUGGAUGUGAUGAAGAAGUCCACAGCUCGUGUGGUCAUAGUGUUUGCACAUGAGAGUCACAUGAUUAACCUCAUGGAAGAGGUGGGGAGGCAGAAUGUGACAGGCCUGCAGUGGAUGGCCAGUGAAGCUUGGACAGCUGCUACUGUGCUCCAGACCCCUGAGCUUAUGCCAUAUCUUGGUGGCACACUGGGCAUCGCCAUCCGUCGAGGAGAAAUACCAGGGUUCAGGGAAUUCCUCCUACAAAUACAUCCUGACCAACACCACAACAACAGCUAUGGAAAUAGCAUGUUAAACCAGUUCUGGGAAUACACGUUUCAGUGUAGAUUUGCACCACCUCCAGCAGGUUGGUUAGAAGCUGGGGGAGUAUUAUGCACUGGACAGGAAGAUCUGGAGAAUGUGGAGACUGAGUUUUUGGAUAUUUCAAACCUCAGACCAGAGUAUAAUGUGUACAAGGCUGUGUAUGCUCUGGCGUACGCCCUUGAUGACAUGCUGCAGUGUGAGCCAGGGAGAGGGCCUUUCAGCGGGCACAGCUGUGGAUAUUUGAAAGGACUGGAGCCAUGGCAGUUAGUGUAUUACUUGCAAAAGGUCAACUUCACAACACAGUUUGGUGAUCAAGUGUCAUUUGAUGAGAAUGGUGAUGCCUUACCAAUAUAUGAUAUCAUGAACUGGCUGCGACUCCCUGAUGGAAGAACUAAACUUCAGAAUGUGGGUGAAAUUAAGAGAUCUGUGUUCAAAGGAGAAGAACUCACAAUUGAUAAAGACAAAAUCUUCUGGAAGUUUGAAUCAAAAAAGCCACCUCGAUCAGUGUGCAGUGAGAAUUGUCCUCCAGGUACACGCAUGGCGAGAAAGAAAGGGGAGUCUGUGUGCUGUUUUGACUGCGUCCCAUGUUCUGAGGGAAAGAUCAGCAAUAAGACUGACUCCACUGAGUGCAUCAGUUGUCUAGAGGACUAUUGGUCCAGCCCUCAGCGUGACCGCUGUGUUCCUAAGCAAACAGAGUUCCUCUCCUACCAUGAGCCUCUGGGUAUCGGCCUGACAGCUGCCUCAUUACUGGGCACAUUUAUCUGUGCUGUUGUCCUGGGGAUCUUUAUCCAUCAUCGCAGUACACCUAUAGAACAGUUUCAUUUAAGUGGGAUGCACAAGGCUGGAGAUGUGGUUCUAGGUGGACUGUUUGAGAUCAACUUCUUUUCUGUCUAUUCUGACCUGUCUUUUACCUCAGAGCCACAACAGCCUACCUGCCACGGUUUUGACACUCCAGGGUUCAGGAAUGCCAUGACCAUGGCCUAUGCUAUUGAUGAGAUCAACAGAAACCCCAACCUGCUGCCUAAUGUGACUCUGGGAUACAGCCUUUAUGAUAACUGUGUCAAACUAGGGAUUGGAUUCCGUGCAGCGUUGUCCUUAGUCAGUGGUCAAGAGGAGCAAUUUACAUUAGACGAGACAUGUGUUGGAACCCCUCCAGUCCUAGGGAUUGUGGGUGAUUCUUCCUCUACAAGUUCUAUUGCCAUCUCCACUGUCUUAAGUUUGUACAGAGUACCCAUGGUGAGUUAUUUUGCCACAUGUUCCUGCCUGAGUGACCGGCAGAAGUUUCCAUCCUUCUUUAGGACGAUCCCAAGUGAUGCUUUCCAGGUGCGCGCUAUGAUUCAGAUUUUAAACCGCUUUGGCUGGACUUGGGCAGGUCUGCUGAUCGGUGAUGAUGACUAUGGACUCCACGCCGCUCGAUCCUUCCAAUCUGACUUUGUUCACUCUGGUGGAGGUUGUCUGGCCUUCUUAGAAGUUUUACCCUGGGGCGGUGAUCCAGCUGAACUAAGGAGGAUUGUGGAUGUGAUGAAAAAGUCCACAGCUCGUGUGGUCAUUGUGUUUGCACAUGAGAAUCACAUGAUUAACCUCAUGGCAGAGGUGGUGAGGCAGAAUGUCACAGGCCUGCAGUGGAUUGCCAGUGAAGCUUGGACAGCAGCCACUGUGUUCCAGGCCCCCCACCUUAUGCCAUACCUGGCUGGCACAUUGGGCAUCGCCAUCCGUCGAGGAGAAAUACCAGGACUCCGGGAAUUCCUUUUACAAAUACGUCCUGACCAACACCACAACAACAGCAACGGAAAUAGCAUGGUAAAAGAGUUUUGGGAAUACUCAUUUCAGUGUAGAUUUGCACCGACUCCAGCAGGUUGGGUGGAAGGUGGGGGAGCAUUAUGCACUGGACAGGAAGAUCUAAAAGAUAUGGAGACUAAGUAUUUGGACAUUUCAAACCUCAGGCCAGAGUAUAAUGUGUACAAGGCUGUGUAUGCUCUGGCGUAUGCCCUUGAUGACAUGCUGCGGUGUGAGCCAGGGAGAGGGCCUUUCCACGGGCACAGCUGUGGCAGUUUGCAAAGACUGGAGCCAUGGCAGCUUGUGUAUUACAUGGGAAAGGUCAACUUCACCACACCGUUUGGUGAUGAAGUGUCAUUUGAUGAGAAUGGUGAUGCCUUACCAAUAUAUGAUAUCAUGAAUUGGCUAUGGCUCCCUGAUGGAAGAAUUAAACUUCAGAAUGUGGGUGAGAUUAAGAGAUCAGCCUUCAAAGGAGAAGAACUCACAAUUGAUGAAGACAAAAUCUUCUGGAACUUUCCAUUAAAGAAGCCACCUCGAUCAGUGUGCAGUGAGAACUGUCCUCCAGGUACACGCAUGGCGAGAAAGAAAGGGGAACCUGUGUGCUGUUUUGACUGCAUCCCUUGUUCUGAGGGAAAGAUGAGCAAUAACACUGACUCCACUGAGUGCAUCAGUUGUCCAGAGGAUUUCUGGUCUGGCCCCCAGCGUGACCGCUGUGUUCCUAAGCUAACAGAGUUCCUCUCCUACCAUGAGCCUCUGGGUAUCAGCCUGACAGCUGCCUCAUUACUGGGCACAAUUAUCUGUGCUGUUGUCCUGGGGAUCUUUAUCCAUCAUCGCAGUACACCUAUAGUACGCGCCAACAAUUCAGAACUGAGCUUCCAGCUGUUGCUGUCACUUAAGCUAUGUUUCCUGUGUUCACUGCUGUUUAUCGGCCGUCCCAGGCUAUGGACAUGCCAGCUGAGACAUGCAGCAUUUGGGAUCAGCUUUGUGCUUUGCAUUUCAUGCAUCCUGGUGAAAACCGUGGUGGUUCUGGCUGUGUUCAAGGCCUCCAAGCCAGGAGGUGGAGCCAAUCUGAAGUGGUUUGGUGUUUUGCAGCAGAGAGGGACUGUUAUGGUUCUCACUUCUAUUCAGGCAGCAGUCUGCACUGCAUGGCUUGUAUCUGCCUCACCAACUCCUCAUAAGAACACUCAAUACUAUAGUGACAAGAUAGUUUAUGAGUGUGUUGUUGGGUCAACAGUCGCUUUUGCAGUUUUACUGGGAUAUAUUGGCUCACUGGCAAUUCUCAGUUUUCUGAUUGCAUUCAUAUCAAGGAAUCUUCCAGAUAGUUUCAAUGAGGCCAAACUCAUCACUUUCAGCAUGCUGAUCUUUUGUGCUGUGUGGGUGGCUUUUGUCCCUGCUUAUGUCAGCUCUCCAGGCAAAUAUGCAGAUGCAGUGGAGGUAUUUGCCAUCCUGGCCUCCAGUUUUGGCCUUUUGGGAGCACUGUUUGGACCCAAAUGUUACAUAAUCCUAUUGAGACCAGAGAGGAACACAAAGAAAGCAAUCAUGGGUCGAGGCAUCGAGUAAUAAAAAUUGCGCUUAACUUAAUAAACGGGGAAUAAAUCCUUUUUCUCUACAGAAUACAACAAUGCAGGCAGUAGGCAAUAGUUUAUAUAUUAAAAUAUUAAGAAAGCAGCUGAUGCCUAAUAAAUGUAUCUGAAUAUUAAAUAUCUUACCGCUUGCAUAAAGUUAUUCUUUUCUAAGUUGAGUUAAAUUAUAAAGGACUUGCACUUGAGAUGCUAAUAUUGCUUUUGUACAAGUUACAAGUUUCCCUGAAGAAAUUAUGCUUUACUAUUUGGAUUCAUUUGACACUAUUACAUGCAUUUAUUAUUGACCUGUCUGGAGCUACACUCACCGGUUUUAUAUGACCCCCAAAUGCAAAAAGCUUCUCUUAUCUCCUGAGUCUCCAAACAUGAAAUGUCAUAUCUGUGUUAAAAACAACAACAGUGAUCAUUGACUGUUCUUGAGUGGAAUUGCAGGCAACAGUGAUAUCAUUUUGCAGUACCAAAUAAAAGCAUAACAACUAUAAUGUGACAGUUUAAUGGUAGGUAACCUAUCCUACACACAUGUUUCUGCAGAACUGAUCUAAUAUCUCACACGUUACUGUGUGCCAGGUAGAUACAAAGUCCUCUAUCAAAAAUUAUUUCACUAUAUGUCUUAGUAUGCUGCCGCCAUCUAGUGGACAAACUGUGUUAAUGUUUAAUAGUUAAAUCCACAUUCAGGGCUGCUUUGUGCAGUUUAAUUUGGUAUGCUUGUCACAAAUUCUGCUCAGGUUUUAAACUGCAAAGUGAUUCUGAAGAAAACUUUCAACAAUGCAAGUUGAUGUUUUCAACUGAGGUGAAACAGUCUACAUUAUAAUAUAAACUACAUGUCAGUGUAAUUUUCAUGUGACAUUCAUUUUAAGUUAAACAACUAAUAAAAACUCAAUAUGACUGUCAUACAAAUUUUGGUUGACCUCACUUGCAAUCAUCCACAAUUAAAAUUUGGUUAGAAAGGUUGCUAACAUGGCCUUGAUUAUAUGAUAUUAAUAUUAUUAAAGAUUAUAUUAUAUUAAAAUUGCACUUAUCAAUUAUUGUAUUGUUGUACCUGUCUAGUCCCAGCCUGUUAUCACAUAUUCUUCCAUAUCAUAAAACUUCAUAGUCAUCAACUGAAACUCAUAAACAAGACAUAGUGGUGAUAAGCUGCAGGUGAACAUAACUAUUUUCCAAGAACAUGGCUGAUGUCGUUUUUUUAUUCUCCAAUAACUCAGUGACUGCAUUUUUAUCUCUGAAGAGCUUUGCAGAUGGAUAAAUUCUCAGGCGAGUUAAGUAGCUUCAGAUGACAGAACAAAUGUUGCUCCCUUAGCAGGCUCAUGUCCUUUCACCAGCAAUUCAAUUUUAAUCUGAACUGCCUCUGCCAGCCUCUGAUGAAGUGUAGAAAUGGGAUGAAAUCACUGCACUGGAAGAGAACGUUUGCAAUGUUCUUGAUGAAAUUAAUUUUUAUUUAACAAAAUAUUAUAGUCGUCAAAUGAGCUGCUGGAAUGUGUUUUACUGCACCAUGUCAACUGGGAAAGAUUUUCAAUUCAUAACAGUCCCAGAUUGAAAGGGAUUUAAAUACAUAAUGACUUGAAAAUAAAUUAGCUUAUCAAAAGUCAAGCUUGUUCUCUAAAAUGUCUCCCAGUGCCUUAAUGCCCAGACCACACACAGAAAUAGUUCUGCUCCAGACUAAAGUGUUUGUAUGAAUUUAAGAUGAAUUAAAAUGAACCUGAAUGAA